AUGAGUGACGGAAAUGCUGGCCAGGACUCCCUACUGGUUUCAUAUCAUGAUCGAGCUUCUUCUGCAACAGCCCUACUAGAGCCCGUCAACCCGGACAUCCAUCCGAAUUCUUCCUCCCACCCCAAGAAGCCACUACCACCGUUGGUGUCGGAUGCUGGCUCCCCUGCCGGAUCCUCUACUACCAAUCGAGCGUUUCACUCUGCCAGUGCCUCAUUUUCGCACAAGAGAGGCGACUCAGGGGGCGCCAUCCCGGAUGAUUUUGCCUCGGAUGGCGUGAGUGAGCAAGCGGCCGACCUUGCUUCCUCCAACGUGCCGAACGGGUGUCGUCAAGCAUGGCAGGAGCAAUGGAGGCGGUCUGACACCGAGUUAGUCCGCCCAUCAAGCCGCGCAGUAGCUGAAAGUCGAAUGGGGCAGGCUAGUCCGGCUGACAGCAAUUCCCGCCUUCCUAGAGAUGCCGCCCCCACGGCGGACGACAUAGGCGAAAGUAAUGGCGGCUCAUCCCCGCUUCAUUCGCAAGCAUUUCGCUCCAGUCCCAUCAUGAAUGCCGGCCGUCCACCAAUGAACCCAAGCGCCAAUCCAGACGAGAUGGCCUCCCUCUCCGAAGUGUCACGGGGGUCUGCGGAGGGUCUGAGCUAUGGCCAAGAGUCCGCGAGACAAUUGAGCAAUGCUCAUAGUCCCGCCGGCGCGGUCACUGGGACAUCCGGAGGUACAUCAGCAUCAAAUGGGCUUAUACUUCAGCUAGUAGAAACUGAUUAUUGCACAGAAGAAAAACUGAUUCAGGAUGUUCGAGGAAUCUAUGCUGGGUUGGUGAUGGCGGAAAAUAGAUGCGAGGUGUGGCACAAGCGGGUCCAAGAAUGGCCCACGAUGACGCAGGUUCAAUAUCAAAGCUUGGUUGGAAUCCACGGAACUAUGCUGCAAGAGUAUCACGAUUUCUUUCUUUGCUCCCAACACCCUGUCGCGAGCCCUGCGCUCAAACGCCUAGCGGAGAAAUAUGCCAUGCCCGCACGACUGUGGCGCCACGGAAUCCAUUCGUUGCUGGAAUUGCUGCGCCACCGGCUUCCUGAAUCCUUGGAGCACAUGCUAGCCUUCAUCUACUACGCCUAUUCCAUGAUCACACUGAUGCUCGAAUCGGUGCCUGCCUUUCAAGAUACCUGGAUCGAAUGUCUGGGAGAUCUCUCGCGCUACCGGAUGGCCGUGGAGGAAUCCGACCUUCGCGAACGUGAAGCCUGGGCGGGCGUGGCACGAUACUGGUACAACCAGGCUGCAGACCGGAACCCGAAUGUGGGCAGAAUCCAGCAUCAUCUGGCGGUUUUGGCCCGACCGGAUAUCAUCCAGCAGUUGUUUUACUAUACGAGAUCUCUGGUCAGUGUUCAGCCGUUCGCGGGCACACGGGAGAGUAUUUUUCUCCUAUUCAAUCCUUUCCUGAGAGGGCCCCGAGCACUUGGUCGUCUGCCACUAGUAAGCGCUUUUGUGACCGCACAUGGCCACUUGUACACUAGAGACGUCGGAGAUCGCUUUAUUAAGUCGAUCGACACAUUUGCAUCGCUUCUGAACCAGACUAUAAGCCAAUUGGGGGCCGCAUUCAGGCUACAGGGGUUCUUCAUUUGCGCUUGUAAUAUUUCCGCCAUGCUAGAAUAUGGCAGCCCCGACGCUUACCUGGGCCUCGAGUUCCAGGAGGCGGAGCAGUCGCAAGUAGAGUCACUAGACGAGGUCUACGACUCUGCUGCCAACGCCUGGAUUCCUGUCAAUGACCUCGAGGCCGUGCAAGCAGAGUUUUUAGCAUCUCGGGACUCCCCAAAUCCAUCGCCUCUGCUCUUUUACGGGUCCUACCUCGCUUACCACACUUUGUCCGUGAUGCUCGAACAAGUCAAUCAGGUCCCUGACAGGAACAUAUACGCAGCAUGCCAUGUCUCUCUAGCAUUCCUCUGGUGCUUGUCACUUACACCGCGAGGUAUGAACCGCCUGGAAGUUGCAGUACCGUGGAGAAAACUUGUGUCUUUUCUCAAUACUCUGUUUCGCAGCUACAUCAGGCCCGAGAUCGCCGAGAGGGAGGACUUUCCCGUCUCGGAAGAGACCACCUGGGUAGCGGAAGACUUCCUUAUUCGUGGCCAGAUCUGGAGCCAACGUCUCUAUCCUGCAUCUUUCUUCGACAACGCACCUACUGCCGGCGAGGGCAGGAACAUUGAGCCGCCGUCACGGGAUAUCACCAGGAUGUACAGGUGCAUAUGGCUGGGAAUCAGGCUUGCCAAGUUUGGACGUUGGAUCACAUAUGACCCCAACGAGCGGAAGUUCUCUGCUACCCCAUUUGCCCUGGAGCUUGAGACUAUUGCCGAAGAACACAACCCCUUUUCCACGCCGAGUGAGGCCAGUCAGGAUAGUGCAGGCAACGAUACGCGCGAAACAUGA